AUGUCCAAUGCCCCAGGACGAUCGUCAACUACACGAACAACAGCAGCAGUACAAAAUAAUCCUGUUGAAGCAAUGAAACUAUUUAUGACAAAAUCGGUUGAUUUAAUCAAAAAAGAAUAUUGCAAAAUUAAUGAUACAAAAGAUGCAACAACUGAAGCAGCACCGGAAGCUCAAAUGACGUAAGAAUUAGUAGUGUAUGAUUAACCGUUGACUAACGUAUUAUCGAAAACAGAACACAAAAAACAUACCAAGAGAGAAAAUUACUACUAAUAACAUCGAGAGUAUUGCACAACUUCGAUCGUUGUACAGAAUAUAGACACAGAACAGGGGAUUUAGUUUUGCAAUUUACUGCAAAACCAAGUUCAUGUGCUAGAAUCUCUAGUCGUACAAAAUUGCUUUUGUGUAGUUUAGUUAGUUUUAGUUUGGAGUCCUAUAAUGAAAUACUUUUCUGCUCGUAUUCUGAAAGAGUAAAGCUUAUAUCCA